CCACAAGCAGACCACGCGAAGCGUGCACAGAACAAGAGAGCGUGUGACACAGCAGUAAAGCAGCAAAGUCACAAAGCUAUGGACGCCAGCAAUGCCCCGCUGCUAGACGAGCGCCGCAGAGAUGCCCCCACACUGCUGCCCGCCCUGCAGAAUCUUCUGCAACUCGCGCACGCCGGAGACACCGAUGACCAAGCCCAGGCGGCGAUGGGAAUCUCUACAAUGGUGAAGCGCGUCCGGAUAGAGCCCUCUUCCUUCGGUCCACUCUGCCACACCCUCUCCAGGCUUGUGGCCAGCGAGCACCAGGCGGUUGUGGCCUACGCGGCGCGGAGCAUCAAGAUAUUGGUGUUGGACGAUGCCUUGCGCCCGCAGGCAGCAGCGGCUGGGAUACCCAGCGUCCUGGCGACGGCCUUGAAAGUGCGAGAGGGCGACACGGCGUGCCUGAGGGAGAUCUUGGGAGCUCUCCAAACCCUUUGCUACGACAAGGAGACGGUGCUUUCUGUGAUCACGACCGGAGCGCUGGGGUCGGUGCUGGAGUUGUUGAGCACGGGCAACCUGGAGCUGAAGAUCCUGUCGAUGGCAAUAGCUGCCAACGUGCUAUCCUUCUCGGACAGCCUUCUGAUGACGCACGAGGAGUGCAUCGACGCCUUCCGUGACCGAAUGGAGGCGUUACUCGACCCUGUCAAGAGUCGCCGCUUCAAUGAUAUGGAAAGAGACUUAGCGUUGGCGGCGUUGGCCAACGCCUGCGGCCACCGAGUGCUCGCCGAGCGGGCAAAGGAUCUCGGGGCUAUAGAGCUGCUGAGGAGAGUCCUCAAGAAAAGUUGCAAGGGGCGUUCCUGA